AUGGAGAGCUCCUUACUGGGAAAUGGACGAAGCAUGAAUUUCCUCGAUCGGAUGUCCAACUUGUAUGAUAACUCUCAAAAGAAGGCCACGAAGAAAUUAAUCAUAGCAAGUAUAAUAUGUAUAAUAUUUAUGAUAAUAGAAAUUGUUGCAGCUAUAUUGGCCAAUUCCUUAUCCUUAAUGACAGACGCCUCUCAUCUGUUUUGCGAUUUACUAUCCUUUGCCUUAAAUUUAUUUUCUAUAUAUGUUUCUACGUUUGAGGGGAAUGUAGAUAUGUCUUUUGGGUAUCACCGGGCGGAAAUAAUAGGUGCCUUAUUUUCCAUUUUUUUUAUAUGGGCCCUAUCUGCCUACAUUUUGUACAGUGCUGUGUUCCGAUUAUUCGAAGUUCAGACUGUGGAUGGAUACAUUAUGUUUGUUACAGCUUUUGUAAGCACUUUGGCGAAUAUAUUCAUUGCCUUUGUAUUAAAGGUGCAUUCACAUGGUUUUGAAUUUAUUGGACAACGCAGAUGCAGUCACAGUGAUGAUGCGAAUGACCAUUCUCCCCCAAUAAAGGCAUGGGGGGAUAAUAGCAGUAAGUCUACAAAAAAUGGAAAAUACAAAAAUAUAAAUAGUGAUAUCGUUAUAGGAGAUGACGGUGAUGCUUCUGCUCAUGGUGCAAUAUGUAACAAGAAUAAUAUUUCCAUCGGGAAAAUUAAUACGAGUUCAUGUAGCUACGUUGCUUUUGAUUACUAUGAAAAUGUGAACCAAAUAAAUAUGGAUAGCCCUCAUCAAGGAGAUUCAAGGGCUGCAGGAGGAACGGGUGGUGGUGAAGGAACAUGUGCAGGGAAGAAGGAUUUUCAAAAUACACAGCAUGCACUGCUCGAUCCCACAGGGAAUAAUUUCCAUCAUAAUAAUCACAUUGGGAAUGAUGAAGAUGUACAAAAGGACGAUGACACAUUUAAAGUAGGGAUUAAUGAAUACGUUAAUAAAAGCAAUGGAACAAAUGAUAUGAAUAAAAAAAAAAAAAAAAAAAAAAAUUCGCAUAAUGGCAUUCACAAGGAGAGUAACAUGACCUCGAACAAUUCCUACAUGCUCUCCAAUGAGGAGAGCGAAGAAAAUGUUUUGUGCGACAAGUAUGAUAGCCAUUCACAUGGCCAUCAACAUCACCACUCACACGAUCAUUCACACGAUCAUUCACACGAUCAUUCGCACUAUCAUUCGCACGACCACUCUCACCACCACGACGAACUAAACAGCAUAAGCCUGAAGACGGCGUAUCUGCACGCCAUCAGCGACUUGCUGCAAAACAUAGGAGUAAUGAUAGCCUCGCUCAUCAUCUGGUACAACCCCAAGUACUCCAUCACCGACCCCAUUUGUUCAAUAAUUUUUUGUUUCAUCGUUUUUUCAACAACCAUAUCGGUAAUUAAAGAAAUUCUAAAUGUACUCAUGGAGGGAACCCCCGUUAGCAUUAACCUAAUGGACAUCAAAAACGACCUGUUGAAGAUACCCGGGGUUAUAGAUGUUCAUGAUCUACACGUUUGGUCUUUAUCAAUUGGAAAGCCAGCCCUCGCGUGCCAUAUAGUUGCACACAAAAAUUUUUCACACACAGUUUUAAAUAACGCUACUUUGUUGUGCCAGAAUAAAUAUAAAAUUCUGCAUACCACUGUCCAGACCGAUUACCCCUCCAACAUUUCCAACUGCGAAACAUAUGCCCAUCUUAAGUGCUCAAGUUUAAAAGCAGAAACAAACAAAUAA